AUGGCGAUGUCUCGAUGGGGCAUUGACAAGCUCCUCCGCUCGCGAAGCAGCGACAAGCUCGUCUCGCUCCUCCUUCCCAACGGGAGCAUGGAAAUGUUCGGCGGGGGUAAGACCGUCGCGGAUAUCAUGGCGGAAUACCCGGGCCACCACGUCGGCAGCAUCACUUCCUCUCGCCCGUGCCUCGCGCCGGAGAAGGCGCUUCACCCUGGCAGCACGUACUACCUCGAGCCUAACAAGCAAUCGUCUCUGAAAGGAGCUAGGUCUCUCCCUUCGAAAAAUGAGAAGGAUUUCAAGGGGUUACUUGACGGCGAUCGCAAUGGUGGCCCAGCGCCGCGCCGUGCUCGCAAGGAGAUGAGAAAAGCCGAACGGAAAGACGACAUUUUGACGGCGAAUGGCCAGACCGCCGGCUUCAUUCCGCGCCGCAUGUCCCUCGAUGCUGGAGCGCUUUUCAGCCGCCAACGAAGUGCCGAUGCCGCCGCCCUUGCCGCGGCGGUCGCUUCUUCUUCCAUGCGUCGCGACUACGUCUUCGAUGCCACGUCGGACGACGACAACGGCGACGACGCCGACGACGACGAAAUGAUUUCGCCGUUUCAGGCUGCCAACCGUGUCGCGUCGCGACGCGCGUCUCUCUCCGAUGCGGCAUCCGCCAGAUCCGCCGCCGCGUCACUUGCCGAAGCGCGCCAGAUCUGGGAAGACGAGAUGAACAUGCGCCAUCACUCCCGGCCGAAGCGGGUAAAUUCACUCACUGAACUUUCAAGUCACGGCAGUCACGACCAUGGCGGUUACGACCAUGGCAGUCACGAUCAUGGCGCUGGUUACGACAGUGAGUUCAACGGCUGCAACGUCACGGCGGGGCAGCAGAGUCCGUUUUCCCAGCUUGAGCGCCAGCUGUCGUGCGGCCGCUCCUGCGGAGGCUGCGCGAGCGGGGGCGGAAGCAUGCGCUCGUCGCGCUGCCCCUCGCCGGCUCCGCCAGUCCGAUCCGCUUCCGCCGCCGCCUUUCCCGACUUCGAGGGCGGCGAUAUCACCAGGGACCACUACGCCCUGGAUUCCGCCGAUGGCGCAGCCGGCGGAAGGAGCGGGCGGCGCGUGCUUUACCGCGGCUCUGGCAGCGCGCAAGAAGGAUCUGCGCGAUCCGCGUUCCCGGAUUAUGACGCUUCCGCUGCCGCGGCGGCAUGUGGGCUCGUUCCGUCACCGUCGCCGCCGCCGCCGGGAUUGGCGCAGUGGCAGCAGCAGUCCUUUUCAAGAUCUGCCACUUACAGUUGCAACGAUUCCCGCGGAAACGACUCCCAGCACGACCCGCGGUCUGCGCCGCGCGCGCGCUUCCCCUCCGCGCCGUCGACGCCCAUUCACCGAACGAGUCUGGACCACCGCGCGAUGCGGGCGGGUCGCCCGCACCCCGCGGACGCGUCCGCUGCCGUGGCGUCGCUCCGUGUCCGGAGCCCAACGGCAGAUGUUCGAAGCGUGUUCACGGCGGUUGAUUCGGACUGCGAGAGCCAAUGCGAAGAGGUUUGUGCGAUUCCUCCAUUGGUGGAGUCACCAGCAGCCAAUCCCGAAGCAGCGUUUGCUGACACCGAGGAUUUCACCAAGGCAGGCGGCUCUGACCUGCAUUAUGUCCAGAUGCAGGCAACCAAGCCGAUGGAGGAUCAGCCGAAGAUCUCCACCAAGCUCCUCCCUCUAGACACCAAAGAGUCAUCAGUGCUCGACGUGUUGGUGGUUGGCUGUGGGCCGGCGGGGCUCUCUAUUGCGGCUGAGUGCGCCAAGCGGGGACUGACGGUGGGGCUCGUUGGCAGGGAUGCACCCUUCGUCAACAAUUACGGCGUCUGGCUCGACGAAUUCAAAGCCAUUGGGUUGGAGCACUGUAUCGACCAAGUGUGGACCGACACCAUCCUGUACACAGACUCCGAUGUUCCCAUCACCACCGGGAGGGCGUAUGGCCGGGUAGAGCGCUCAAGACUCCACAACGAGCUUGUGCUGAGAUGCCAGCAGGCGGGCGUGCGGUAUGUGGAGAAGGAGGUGGAGAGCAUAGAUGACACCGCGCGGAGCAGCACAGUGGCGUGCACUGAUGGCUCGCGCAUCAAAAGCAGGCUCGUUGUGGUGGCGGCUGGAGCAGCUUCUGGGAAGUUUCUCGAGUACGACAAUGACACGAGAGGCGUGGGCGUCCAAACAGCAUACGGCAUCGAAGUGGAGCUGGACUCAGCCUACCCGUACAACCCAGCCAGCAUGCUGUUCAUGGACUACCGGGACCUCAUACGCUCCCAUGAGGAGGAGGCAGCGGAGGGGGAGCUGUCUCAGCGCCCCAGCUUCCUCUACGCCAUGCCCUCUACCCCAACACGGGUGUUCUUCCAGGAGACGUGCCUGGCGUCCCGCCCUGCAAUGCCGUUUGACAUGCUCAAAACGCGCCUGCGCAGCAGGCUGACACAGCUGGGGGUGAAAUACUCUGUGACACACGAGGAGGAGUGGUCAUACAUUCCAGUGGGCGGCUCUCUCCCUCUCACCACUCAGCAGCACUUGGGCUUUGGUGCUGCUGCGUCCAUGAUCCAUCCUGCCACAGGCUACUCCAUCACUCGUUCUCUCACCGAAGCUCCGCACUACGCCACUGCCCUCGCUGCUGCUCUGCACUCUCCCAGCCGAACUUCACUAGAAGCCGCAACUCAAGCCUGGGACCACCUGUGGUCAGCAGAGCGCAAGAGGCAGCAAUCGUUCAUGAUAUUCGGCCUUGAGCUCAUUCUGAAGCUCGACGCACCAGCCACGCGAGACUUCUUCAACGCCUUCUUCAAGCUACCUCCCAGGCUAUGGCGUGGCUUCCUGGCAUCCAACCUCUCCUCCCUCGACCUCCUCCUCUUCGCCUUCUCCACCUUCCUGGUUGCUUCCAACCCCCUCCGCUUCCGCCUCAUCCACCACCUUAUCACCGACCCCAGCGGGGCAAACCUCAUUCGCACUUACGCUGGAAUCAAGAACCCUCCAGCUGAGAACCAAGAGUAG